AUGGACGAUUUAAAAGUAUGUAGGAUAUGUCUUCGGACUGAUAAGUUUGCGAAAUAUUACAAAUUGGAAGAGUUUUACUUGAAGUGUUAUUAUGAAGAGAUUACUACCACUCCGGUCAAUGAUAAUGAUGGUCUUCCAAAAUACUUCUGUUAUCAGUGUUCGGCAAUACUCAAUAAGUACCAUUAUUUCAAAGAGAAAUGCUGUUUUGCACAGAAGACACUUAUACAGAUGACAAGAGUCGCUCCACUUACCUAUAGUAAAAUAUGCAAUAUGUAUUCAAGAAAGAAUCCAAUUAUAAAACGUGGUAACAUAGAAAUUUUAAAAGCAGACAAAAAAGUGAAAACUUACAAUUUUCAAGAAGAAAGACAAAGGUUAUCCAAAAUAAAAACGAAAGUAAUAAAAAAAGAU